AUGCCCCAGCAGCUCCGCUUCGCAUCAAGCAGAAGGGAGAAAACAACCAUGCAUCUUCAUGGCCACACUCUUGUGCUGCUGCUGCUCUGUUUUGCUUCUCCCAUAAGUUCCUGCACGGAGCAUGAGAGCACCGCACUCUCUGACUUCCUAGGCAGGCUUGUGCCGUGCGGCAACGAUGGUCUCAACGUGUCAUGGGUGAAUGGCACCGACUGCUGCGAAUGGGAAGGCAUCGUCUGCAGCAGUGAUGGCACAGUCACAGAUGUCUUGUUGGCUUCCAAAGGCCUCAGAGGGGCCAUCUCACCAUCCCUUGCCAAUCUUACAGGGCUCUUGCACCUCAACCUAUCCCACAAUUAUCUUGAAGGCAGCCUACCAGUGGAAUUGUUGUCCUCCAGAAGCAUCGUCUUCCUCGAUGUCAGCUUCAACCGCCUCGAUGGUCAUCUGCAAGAGAUCCAAUCCUCAAAUCAUAGUUUUCCUAUCAAGGUGUUGAAUAUCUCAAGCAACUCCUUCACAGGACCGUUCCCGUCCAAAACAUGGAAGGCUACGAAGAGUCUGGUUGCUCUUAGUGCAAGCCACAACAGCUUUGAAGGACCCAUAUCGUCUUCUAUCUGCAUCAAUGGCCCAUCAUUUGCCAUGCUUGACCUCUCACAUAACAAAUUCAGUGGCAAUAUUUCUCCGGGGUUUGGCAGUUGCGCCAUGCUGAGAGUGCUAAAGGUUGGCCACAACAACCUUACCGGACCUCUCCCCGAUGGACUAUUCAAUGCUACCUCACUGGAGCACCUCUCUUUGGCCAACAAUGGUUUGCAGGGUGUUCUUGAUGGUUCCAGCAUAGUCAAAUUAAGCCGUCUGACUGUCCUUGAUCUUGGAAUGACUGGUCUCAGUGGCAAGAUUCCAGACUCUGUCGGCCAGCUAAGAACAUUGGAGGAACUCUACUUGGACAACAACAAUAUGUCUGGUGAGCUGCCAUCGGCACUAGGUAACUGCUCAAAUCUCAGAUACAUUACCAUCAGAAAUAACAGCUUUAUCGGGGAUCUUAGCACAGUCAAUUUCACCAUGUUGGAUCUGAGGAUAGCUGAUUUUUCGAUAAACCUCUUCACUGGUCCAAUUCCUGAAAGUAUCUACUCAUGCAGCAAUCUAGUUGCGCUGCGGCUGGCUUACAACAACUUUCAUGGCCACUUCUCACCAAGAAUAAGCAAUCUCAGGUCCCUCUCCUUCUUUUCAAUUACCAACAACUCUUUUAAAAAUAUCACAAAUGCACUUCAGAUGCUCAAGAGCUGCAAGAACCUCACCUCCCUGCUUAUUGGAACUAACUUCAAGGGUGAAACCAUACCACAGGAUGAAACAAUUGAUGGUUUUGAGAAUCUUCAGGUACUGACCAUAGAUGAUUGCUCAUUGGUUGGGAAAAUUCCUCUUUGGAUAUCAAAGCUUGAAAAAUUGAAAAUGAUAGAUUUAUCAGUAAACCAACUCAGUGGACCAAUACCAUCCUGGAUUGAUGAACUGGGCUUCCUAUUCUACCUAGACAUAUCAAGCAACAACCUUACAGGGAAUAUAGAAAUUGCAUUGACAAAGUUGCCGAUGCUGCUAUCAGGGGAAAAUGUUGCGAAGUUGGGCCCGAAGUUCCUUGAGUUGCCUGUAUUUUGGACACCAUCACGUCAAUACCAGAUGGUCAGUGCUUUUCCUAGAAUAUUGUUUCUAGACAACAAUAAUUUCACUGGUAUAAUUCCCCCUGAGAUUGGUCAGCUAAAAUUGCUCAACGGCCUCAAUUUAAGCUCCAAUAGCUUAACUGGUGAAAUACCACAAGAAAUCCGCAACCUCACAAACCUGCAAAUGCUUGAUCUGUCGGACAACCAGCUCACAGGUGCAAUACCAUCUGCACUGAAUGAUUUGCACUUCCUUCCUACAUUUGAUGUUUCCAGCAACAGGCUAGAAGGACCAGUUCCAACAGGAGGACAGUUUCAUACAUUCUCAAAUUCCAGCUACAGUGGGAAUCCAAAGCUAUGUGGACCUAUGCUCAGCCUCGAUUGCACCUCCACGGCAACAGAUCAAACCUCUGCUUCACGGCGUCACAACUUGUGCUUUGCGCUAGUCAUUGGAAUCACCUAGGGAGGACUCAUUGCUCUUGCAUUGCUUGUGUGUUUCCUUAUUGCACGGU